AGUAUUGAUAAUAAAUAUCUAGGUUGUACUUGGUAAUCUUACCUACAUUUCCCUCUUCCUUCAUUGUCGUUAUACAUGAAUACCUUCAUCAAUUCUGCUUUCAGAUUUUCCACACGUCCCCUCAUAAAACGUUCUUACAAACUCCAUUUCUCUGCAAUUACUGUUCGUUACAUCAUGAAUUCUGAAACCUCGGCAUAUCAAAGUUCUUUUGGAGCUGGAGGCAACUCAGGUGAUUCUCCAAAGCAAAUGAGUCAAUUACAAAACCUCAAGUUAAAUGACGGGACUGAGAUUCCAAUGCUUGGGUACGGCCUUGGAACUGCUCGUUUCAAAGCCAAUGCAGACGGUCAGAUCGAUAAUGAGAUUGUGAAAACGGCUGUGAUGGCCAUCCAUGCUGGCUAUUAUCAUUUAGAUGGAGCUCAAGUGUAUGGGAAUGAGACCGAGAUGGGUAUGGCAAUCAAAGAAUCCGGUGUUCCUCGAGAGAAAUUCUUCAUAACUACCAAAAUCACCGGUACCCAAGUAGUGGACACGCAAGCUAUAUUUGAAGAAUCUUUGAAGAAGCUUCAACUCGACUAUGUCGAUCUUUACCUGAUUCACGCUCCAUACUUCGCCAAGACCCCUCAAGAUUUACAGAAGAAAUGGGCAGAAGUGGAAGCAAUUCAUGCAUCCGGGAAAGCGAAAUCUAUUGGAGUGUCUAACUUCCUUCAAAAGGAUAUAGAAACUAUUUUGGAGACGGCGAAAAUUGUCCCUUCCAUCAACCAAAUCGAAUAUCACCCUUAUCUUCAACAUGGAUCUCUGAUUCCUUUCCUUCGCGAAAAGGAUAUAGCAAUAGCAGCCUACUCUCCCUUGACCGCUGCUGUUAAGGCUUCUCCUGGACCUUUGGAUGAUACCUAUUCUCUUCUAGCUAAGAAGUAUGGUGUCACACCAGGUGAAAUUGCAUUGAGAUGGGUUAUUGAUCAGGGAAUCGUGGCAUUGACUACUAGUGCAAAUGAGGACCGAUUGAAGGGAUAUCAAAAGAUUAGACAGUUUAAGUUGACACCGAAGGAGGUCGAGGAUAUCGCUAAGAUCGGUAGCAAGAAACAUUAUCGAGGAUUUUGGAACGAUAAGUUUGCGCCGGAUGAUAGGUCAUAGAAGGUGUCAUCGACGGAAUGAUCGAGCAGGAUUCAGCAAUCAUAUUUGAUUGGCGAACUUGUUUGCGACAUUCAGUUUCUUCGUGCUUGCGCCGGCAUCUCAUCCCUUGGCCGGUCUUUGUCGUCAACAAUACCAACUUCUAGUUUUAGCGUUAGCGAAUAUAAUGAAAAGCAUGCAUGACCUCAUCUAAUUGGGUUACACCUCGUAUCGAGCAAGUAAUAUAUUGAAAAUAUGCUAGGAGGGCCUAGGUAAAAUAGUCAGAGCACAGUAAUGAACGUACUUAUACUG